AUGUCACUUUCAGAGAAUCUUCUGGCGAGUGGUGAGCAGGUGCUGCGGGAGGCUGCUGCCCCGUCCGGCUCUCGGAAGCCAGGAGAGGAUCCGGGAGACGCACCAAGGAAAGAGCUUAACCACGUUCAAAGUGGUGGAAUUUCAGAAGAACCUCUGGAGGUGGAGCAGCUGCUCCCCGAGCAGGGUGCCACCGGCUCCAGGGAGCAUCCAGCUGAUCCGCACGGCAGCCAGGCAGGCACGCUGAGACCCCAGAUGGGACAGGCAAGUGACGGAUGGUGUGUGAUGAGCUUGGCAGGAGCCUCUAACGAUGUGUGUAAGGACACGAGCGAGGAGCAGCUGGGUCAGCCAGCUGAGAGUAGGGACUUGGACCACGAAGAGUGGGAAGUCGUUUCCAAGCAGCUGGCCUGGGGGGAGGCUGGCAAGAAUGGCAGUGUGGAAGACUCUGACAGCAAGGAAUGGGAACAAGGAGACUGCCCUGAUGGGGAUGUGAAGGCAAAGAGGGUUGUAGCUGUGCCCCCCAUGUUUCAAAACAUCCAUGUGACUUUCCGCGUACACUACAUCACGCACUCUGACAUCCAGCUGAUCGGCGUUACUGGUGACCACGAGUGUCUUGGCCAGUGGCAGAGCUAUGUUCCCCUCAAGUAUGAGAAGGAUGGCUUCUGGUCUGAAUCCAUUAGUCUGCCAGUAGACACCCAAGUAGAGUGGAAAUUCAUCUUGGUGGAGAAUGGGAAGGUCAGACGUUGGGAAGAAUGUGGUAAUAGGACCCUAGUGACUGAACAUGAAGAUCAAAUUGUUCAUCAGUGGUGGGGAUACCAUUAA